AUGGAUCGUUUUCUCUCACCGGACUACAAUUUUCCGGCGAUCACUCGCUUUAACUUAUCCGAUUCUGUUCAUCAUCUUCCUGUAUCAUCGACGCCGUCUCCAGCUUCGGUACCCAUCGUUCCUCUUUCGCCGGAGAUGGAAGCAGUGGAGAAGAUCGUGAAAUACAGUUUCGUUAACAAGAAUCUUCUCAAGGAAGCACUUACGCACACCUCUUGUGUUGAUUUUCUUUCGUACGAGCGGCUUGAGUUCGUGGGCGAUAGCGCUAUAGGUCUUGCCCUCAGUAAUUACCUCUACCUUAAGUACCCUAAUCUCGAACCUCGCGAGCUGUCUCUUUUGAGAGCUGCUAAUGUAAGCACUGAGAAACUCGCUCGUGUCGCACUCAAACAUGGGCUUUACCAAUUUCUUCGACGCAAUGCUCCUCCUUUAGAUGAAAUGGUUAAAGCGUUCUCAGAGGCGGUGGACAAAGAAGAUGGUCCAGUUGCUUAUGGUGGAUUAGUGAAAGCUCCUAAAGUUCUCGCUGACGUAGUAGAGUCAGUAGCUGGAGCUAUUUAUAUUGAUGUGGAUUUUGAUCUACAAAGACUCUGGGUGAUCUUCAGGGGUCUAUUGGAGCCAAUAUUUACCCUGGACGAUUUACAGCAGCAACCUCAACCUGUAUCUAUGCUUUUUAAAUUAUGUCAUAAACACGACAAGCGAAUCGACAUCAGGUAUUGGAAAGAUGGCAAAAGCAGUAUUGCUGGUGUAUAUCUUGAUGAUGAAUUCUUUGCUUCUGGGCGUGCUGAGCAUAAAGAUAUCGCAAAGCUGAUUGCUGCUAAGGAAGCGUUAGGGAAGUUUUCGGAAUCUAUGCCUGUUGAAAUGGUUAUUGAUGAGGGUAGUCAAGAGGUCGAACUUGAAGUUGCGAAAAGGAAGUUGUUUGAGAUUUGUUCAAAGAAGAAGUGGCCGAAACCGAUUUACAGUGUUGAGGAAGGGUCAAAUGGGAAGAGAUUUGUUUGUUCGGCUAAUAUUAAGAUACCUGCCGUAGAAGGUACCUUAUGUAUGAAGGGUGAUGAAAGAUCAAAGAAAAAAGAAGCAGAAAGCUCCGCAGCCUACCACAUGAUAAGAGCUUUGAGGUGUUACAAUUAUCUCUAA